UAUUCAGUAAACAGACUGGUCCCGAAAGUGCCAAGCGACAGUCGUUUUCUUACACUGACAAAGAAUAAGAAACUAUACAUUUCUCAAAAAAAAAAACUGCCCACUCAAAUACAAAUGUAGAUAUUUGCGAUUCGCGUCAGUGUUCAGUUACGGACCCAUGCAAAGUAACACAAAGCAUCGUCCCCACAAAGCGAUAACCACGUAAGGGAAUACCAAGAUUUCUUUUUAAGUAUCUCACGUCACUCUUCGAUGCAUUACGCAUGUUAAACACACAUGUAUUUUUACCGAAUAUAAGCAUACACAGCACGAAACCAUUAGCGCUAAAUCCCACCGGCUAUUCGUCCCAGAGCACAUCUGCCACUACGAUGCCUACGUUGUGCAUGAGUGAAAUUUACUUCAGCGAAUGGCAGCAAUGACAUUUUGAGCAGCUGGGCGAAAACCGACCAAUGGGAGCACAGAUUUCUUAAAAAGGCGGUACUUCGGCCAUUACGGACGUAAGCGUUGUUCGGAAGAGGAAGAAGUCGAUUCUGGAAGCCAUUCCGUUGCGCAGUCCUAUUAAGAAAAACCUACUAUUUUUACGUAUACUACGCACAUUUUGGGUUUUUUAAAACGGGCGAUUUCUAAUAAAAUGGCAUCGCAGGCGAAGAAGAGAAAAAUGAAUUUCUCAGAGAGGGAAGUGGAAAUUAUAGUGGAGGAAAUGGAGAAACAAAAGCACAUACUGGUUAACCACUUCAAUGCUGGAGUCACACAUAUAACGAAAAACAACGCGUGGGUAGAGAUCCUAAAGCGGGUCAACGCCGUGACAACUUGUCAGCGGGAGCUGGCCGAGGUGAAGAAAAAGUGGUCCGACUUAAAGACCGAGGUCCGCCGCAAAGUGGCCCAGGCGCGGGCGGCGAUGGAGGGGACAGGCGACUGCACCUCGGUCCCCGUCAUCCUCACUUCCAUGCAGCAGAGGAUCUGCAACCUGCUUGGGGAGGCGACCAUCAUCAGCCUGCCUGCGGGAGACGGCGGCACGGAAAUCGCCGUGCCUAUGCCCAUGAGCUCGGCUACGACAGUAACGUUAACGCAGAAUAUUCCCACGGCAUCUGCUGCGGCUUGCGAAGUUCAGAAAACCCUAGAAGAGACGACGUUCCACACGCUGGAAGAAGGCGUGGUGGAGUACUGCACGACAGAGACCCCCGUCACAGUGACCACCGAGGCACCGGUGGAGAUGCUGUCUGCGCAGGCCGAGUGCUCCAUCAAACCCCAGGAGCUGAAGAGCCGCAUCGCCCUGAACUCGGCCAAGCUGCUGCAGGAGCAGAAGGUGACCAACCUGCACGUGCGCGAGAUCGCUCAGCACCUGGAGAGCCAGAACGACCUGCUGCAGAUGAUCCGGCGCUCCCAGGAAGCGCAGGCCUGCGCGCAGGAGAGGCAGGCGCAGGCCCUGGAGGGGACGCAGGCUGCCCUCAUCGCACUCAUCCAGAUGUUCCGGCCAGCCCUCAAGGAUUUCCGGAAGUUUCUGCAGAGCAAUAUGAACAAUUCUGCUCCUGGGGCGCAGUCUGACGGAGCCGAGAGCAAAUCCAACCCAGCUCAGCAUGCAGAAGAUGUUCCGUAGGCUGUGUGUGUGCGUGCGUGUGUGUGUGCGUGUGUGCGUAUGUAUGUGUUUAGGCUGUUGUAACCAACAAGCAGGAAUAUAGAGAUGCAAAUGGUAAAUAUUUUGAAAGCUACUCAAUUCCUCACUUUAAAUGCUACGGGAAGAAAAACUGUCAAAGGACCUGUAAAUGUAAAUUUUAUUUUUUAUGAAGCACUGUAUCAUUUCUUAUGUUUGAUUUUAUGCUACCAAGCUGAGUUUUGUGUCUUGCUCUAAGAGUAGUGCUUGGCAUAUUUGGGAAAUCAUUUCUGUUGCAAAGCAACAGAAGAUUUAAAAUGGUGUUUUUGAAAUUAAAUGCUGUUUUAUAUAUUAUGUAUGGAAAAAGUAACAUUCUGACAAAUUAAUGUCAGUGUGCAGCUUUCUGUGGUUAGAAGAAAAUCUCCUUCAAGGAAGUAUUACAGAUUCGUCUUAGAGAAUCUUAGGUUGGCAGAUAUUUAAAAGUUAAAAUGUAACAACUUGGUAAGAGGCACAUGCAAUACUAGGCUAACCACAUAUCUCUUGUCCAUCCUGCCCAGCAGUUAUGAUCACAGGGUGAGUGGGUUUUGUCACUUUCAGAAUGGAAGGAAGAGACCCCAUCAAGCAUGUGUUGACCGUUUCAUCAAGGUGUUUGGGGGAAAAGGAAUCUGUUGACAUUUUCUGUUUUUGGUUUAUUAGGGAAUGUUGGAAAAUACCUGGCUCAUCAUAAAUAUGGAAAAUGUAUGUGUGUUGCAUCAAAGCAUGAUAAUAAAUUCAGCAGCGUUGUACUUUUUGUACUGAAGCAGAUGUUUAUACUGUUUCAUAUUUUCAUCUGAAAUAAAAUAUCUAGUUUGAAUUGCC